GGGAGCGGACUGCCCCUUGUGCACGUGUGGAGAAGCGGCGGUACCUGCGCGCCGGCGGGAGACGUCCCCGCCCUCUCCGCAGAUUAAGGCCGUGCUCGACUUUUGCGGCCUCCGUCAGCCCCUCAACUCUCUGCUCUAGGCGAGGAGGCCGGCUUGGGUUGAGUGGCCCGAGCUGAGGGCGCGGAGAGCUCAGGGCGGCGAGGACGACGGCGUUGAGAGUGGUGGUAACGACGGCCUCAGCAGGCGGGGAAGAUGAAAGGUAGCCGGAUCGAACUCGGAGAUGUAACACCACACAAUAUCAAACAGUUGAAGAGGUUAAACCAGGUCAUCUUUCCAGUCAGCUAUAAUGACAAGUUCUACAAGGAUGUGCUGGAGGUUGGCGAGCUAGCAAAACUUGCCUAUUUCAAUGAUAUUGCUGUAGGUGCAGUAUGCUGCAGGGUGGAUCAUUCACAGAAUCAGAAGAGACUUUACAUCAUGACCCUAGGAUGUCUGGCACCUUACCGAAGGCUAGGAAUAGGAACUAAAAUGUUAAAUCAUGUCUUAAACAUCUGUGAGAAAGAUGGCACUUUCGACAACAUCUAUCUGCAUGUCCAGAUCAGCAAUGAGUCCGCAAUCGACUUCUACAGGAAGUUUGGCUUUGAGAUUAUUGAGACAAAGAAGAACUACUAUAAGAGAAUAGAACCUGCUGAUGCGCAUGUGCUUCAGAAAAACCUCAAAGUCCCUUCUGGUCAGAAUGCAGAUGCACAAAAGACAGACAACUGAACAAAUUACAAAUGAACUUUCUUGCACUUGCUUGUCGCCAAAUAAAAAGAGAGGCCCAUUAAUCCCCUCCCUUCUUUGUUAAGCUUUCCCACCUUGUUCUCUUGUUCUUGGUUUUCUUUUUUUCCCCUCCUUUCCUUUAAAAGUUUUAAUUUCAAGGACUUUUUAAAUAAUCAUGUUUGGAUCGUUUCAGUUGUCUCAUUUUUGUGAGGUGGUUGGAUUGAAGGAAUAUCUGUUUACUUUCAUAGUUAAGAUGUAUAACCCAAAAAUUUUGGGUCUCAAAUGAUUUCAAAUUUUUGAAUUUUUUUUUAAUGUCCUGCUUUCACAUUGAAGGGUGGAGCCUACAAAUACUGUUUAUUUCAAAAGACAAAAGACACAGCAGCAAUAGCUUUUUUUCUGAUUCAUAGACAAGUUUGGUGUGUUUGUGGUACUUUGGGUUUUUAAAGACUAUUUGUGGGAUGCUUAUCUCUAGACAUUGCCUUUACCCCAUAGUCCUUCUGAGCACACUCAGGAGUUGGACCAUUGUUAUCCUUGUGAGAAAUACUAAACUUAUUUAGAUUUUUAAAGCAGUUGAUUUUUCUGUUCUUGCUGAUGGGUGGGGAAGUUUGGGGAGGUAGUGUUAUAUGUUGGUCUAAAUAUUUGAGUUGAACUGCUUUUUUGUUAAUGAGUGGAAUGGUUGUCAGCAGGUUUGUUUUUCCUGCUGUUGUUAAUAGAGACAUUAACAUUUAGAGUGUGAGCUGGUGAGAUUAAUUUUUUUUUAAUAUCCCAGCUAGAGAUAAUAGCCUUUAACUGACCUAAAGAAGUUUAUUGUGAUUUAGUUUUUUUUUCUCCUGUCCUUUUUCUUCCAGAAGUAAGCCCAAUAAUACCAUAGUUAGUCUUAACUUUAAAAAAUGGAGUUGAUGUCUUUACAGGUUAACCCCUAAACAAACCUGAAACAGGUGUUUUUGGACGACAUGUUUUACAAUGCCUAAAGGAAAGCUUAGAUGGACUUGUGGCACAAUAAAUGCAUGUAAUGUCAACGAAUACGGGCUGUUAAAAAUGUUGCAAGUGAGUGUUUGUUUAUAUAGGAAAGAAUAUCUAGACAGUAUUUUUUGAGAAUAACAUAGUUAUGAAACUCCCUUAUCUAUUGGAGAAUAUCCCAGAUUUGCUUAUAUUCUGUGCCUACAAUAUUGAGUUUGAGGAUUUGGGAUAAGAGGAAUUAUUGAACAAACUGCUUCUGUUCUUGGAAAGGUAGAAGCAUAAAGUAUUAAUAGUACAAAUAUCACUGUGACCUCCUCUACUGACAGGAGUGGUUUUAUGCUAGAUCAUUAUCUUGCAAGUAGGGAGUGGUUCUGACAGAUUGUUAACUUUUUGUAAGAUGAGCUAUCUGAAAUACUCAUGUUUUCUUCUAGUUGUCCAAUCUCGGUAUUUGCAAUUUUUAGAUUAUCGAUGGUGACUCAAGAAACAUUCUUCAUAGACUUAAAAGCAAUGCACAAAGCUUGAGUUUUCUUUGAUUUGACUUUAAAAGGAAGUUUGAUUUGUAAUAUUUAUCAUAUAUAAAAAUCUCAUUUCCAAAUAAGUUACAUGGCAUAAUUACUUUAUAGAAUGUUUGUAUACACUUUAUAACUUUAUGUUUUCAUUUGGAAAUGUAAAAGUACAAAGUAAAAUAGACUUCAGUCUAGAGUGCCAAGAAAAGAUUUUUAAAGGAAAAUCGUUGAUGGAUGAGUCUAUAGAGUUAUAAUCUUAGUGAAAAUGUAGAAAGACCAUGCUGGUUAGUCUUUAGUAUCAGUUUCUUAAUCUGAAUCCAAGCUUAGAAGAAAUGUUUAACAUUAAGCACCUUUACUUACCUUCACAGAUAAGUUUCGGCUUGCUCUUGCCAAAAGAGUGCUUGAAUUACAGAAAGCAUAAUUAGCAUGAAGAAUUCAACCUUUUUGUAAACUUCCAGGUAUCAAAAUAGAUUUUGAUAUAUAAAUGAAUUUCCUGAGACUACACUGCCUCUAUUUCUGUAACUGUUUCACCUGGACUAUAUACACAGUCCUAUGAAUGUAUCCCUAAAUGUGGUUAUUGAAAACCAAAUAGCUGCCUCACAAUUAAGUACAUGUUAUUUAAAGACAAAAGAAAAAUUUUCAAGUUUGAAUUGCGUGUGUAGGCUUCCUGUCAUUGUAGAGUUGUGUUUUCCACCUAGUCAAUGACUUAAUCUAAAUUCUUAGUGUUUAUAAAGGGUUAAUUGUCCUCCAUGAAGCUGGUGUUAAAUAAUUCCAUCCACAUACAGAAGGGAAUAUGUGGACGAGGUAGAUACUGGGUACUAGUUCAUAUGUCUUUGAGUCAAUAAAGACUAAUGUCCAUUUUGAGUUGUUUUUUUUUUUUCUUUUUUUUGACAAAUGGUAAAAAUAAUCUUUGAGGUAAAUCAGUAAUUCUGUUAACUAGAAGACCACAGGAUAUUUCCUCAUACUUCCCAAGAUUGGGUCUACAAAAGAAUCUGUAUAGAAAUCUAUGCAAUAUAUAAUUUAUCCAAAUUAAUUUUCAUUUGAGGGAAAGAGUUCUAAAAUAUCUCCAAAGCAGUUUUCUCAUCAGUUCAAAAGUCCUUCAGAAAGAAAACUAUUGGGGAACCAUGGUUUGUGGUGGUGGAAAUGAAAAAGCUCCCUCAGUUUUUGGAGGGAAUAACUUUGAAAAUGCUUAAAUGGUUAAGUUUACUUGGUGCAGUUAAAAAUUAAACUUUUCAAUUUUAAUAUUGCUGUUACAUCUGAAAUAAACUUAUGUGAUGCUCUGGUA